CAGCAGGGCAACGAGAGACAGCCCGAGGGAAAGGGGGAAAGGGCUCGCUGCCGCUCCAGCGCUCGUCCACAGUGUUAUGGCACCAAGACAAUACUGAUUUAGGCAGCUCGUGGAGUGCUCAUUAAUUGCUCUGUAAUGCUUUCCUCGUUCAGGCUUACUGACGUGAUUUAACGAGAACUCGCAGUUAUGCAGAAAACACCCAAGAGGAACAAACAGUCAUUUGCUUCUUAUGAGGAACCAGCAGUUCUUCCUCCUGACAAGAAAAAAAGAGAAAGUAGAGAUGACUUUGUAGCAGUUUUGCCUCCAGAAGUCUGCUUUCAAAUCUUCAAUGAACUUGACAUUCAGAGCCUGUGUAAUGCAGCAAUGACAUGCAAGAGCUGGAAUCAUGCUAUUGAGAAUAAUGACUCUUUGUGGAAAAAUCACUGCUUAACUGUAAGAGCUGUCUGUCAACGAGAGAUUGAUUACGAUCGGCAAAAUGGAUAUUCAUGGAAGAUCACAUUACUGAGAAACUAUUGGAAAAGCAAAGUGAAGCAAGAAUGGCUGAGCGGGAAAUAUAGUAACAUUCAUUCACGCAGCAGCUUGCCAGAGAAAAGCAUGUAUCCAAUGGAUGUUGACACUUGGGGAGAAAUUCUGGAAGCAGAACUAGAGAGAUGAGAAACCAAUUUAAGGUUCUUAAGUUGCAGGAACCAGCGUCAACCACUCAGACUGCCAAACUGUAAAUAUUUUACUAUUUAAAUUAGUUUUUGCAAACAUGAUGAAAGCUUCUCAGAGAAAAGAUGUAUUUACGUGACUUUGUUUGCACUUUAUCAAAUUGACUGAUUUUUUUGCAAAAUUCAUUUUGCAAAAAACCUAAAACUAAAUAUUGUACCUAAAACUAAAUAUUGUAAUCUUAUAUUGUAAAUUUAAUGAUCUGUAUUGUUAAACAGAUGUUUAUGUGGAUUAUACUUUCCAUUUGCACUUUUUUUGAGAAGACAACUUUAAAAAAAAAAACAAACUGUUUGACUUAAAAUGUGUUAUAUCAGCAGCACGUUAAUGAGAGUCCACAAGAUAAAGAGAGGGAAAGAAGAAAUCCAUACACCAUAAAGGAAAAAAAAAGAAAAGAAAAAAGACUGGACAGCCACCUCAGGAAUAGCCAGCUUUGUCUGAAGUGAUAGAGCCUUCAAAAGGGUCCAUUCUAAACCUGUGCCCAUUGAAGAGCUAAUGUUCAUCAGCACCACGUUUCUAUUGCUUUGACUCUGCAGGCUGUGGGAUAUCUGGAUUAAGAGCAGGGCAGUGGACAGGACUGAAGCAGCCACAGAACAGGGAGCCUCUGCUAUUAGCCAUGCAUGUUUGUCAUUUGCAUAACUAGGUAGCUGAGCAGGGAAUAAAACAAAAUUUUAAACACAUGAAACAUAACAAAGAUAUCCUGACUACAAAAAUACACAAAGUCUCAUAUGGUUUAAGCACAGAGACAAAACCAGGUUUUUUUAUGUUAAUAAUCUCCCAUUUCACAGACCUA